UGAAGGAGGAGGAAACCAUGGGUGCACAGCUCCUGGUUUAUAAUGGCGGGGUUGACUGCGUUAGCCCACAGGAAUUUGAAGUCUCCCUAUGGAGAGAAGCCAAGAUAAAUACCCAUGCGCUGCACACGCUCUUCAUGUCUUACAGCUGAAAUCGAUACAGCUUCAGAUUUUGCAGGAAGGAAACCAAUCAAUCGCCAUGCGUUGGCUCAAACCGGAGGUGUACCCGCUGCUGGCUGCCAUGGGUUUCGUAAGCAGCAUCUGCGUCUUCUCCCUCACCCGCAAUCUCUUCAUGAACCCCGACGUCAGAAUCAACAAGGAACACCGGGCGACUGCUGUUCUUGAGAACUAUGAAGAAGGAGAGAGGUACGCGGAUCAUGGCUUCCGCAGAUUUCUCCGAACACGUCCGCCGGAGGUCAUGCCUGCCAUUAACAGCUUCUUCUCCUCCGAUUCCAACAAAUAGAGUAAUUAACAUGUAAAACACACGUACGUGCUUGUGUGUGCGCGUUAUGAUUUGAUUCAAUGGAUUUGAUGCCCAUA